GUUGCGAUGGGAGAGGAGCGCCGGAUUUGGUGUCUAUCCCCCAUUUCCAAUUAUAGAUGGAUCAUUUCAGACAGAGAAGUACUGAGAAUCCAGACAUCUGCUCUUCACAUGAAUGCACUCACCUCCUAGAGAACAGGCUGCCAUCAUGCUCUGGAAACUGGUUGAAAAUGUCAAGUACGAAGACAUCUAUGAGAUGUUAGUCCACACCUAUUCAGCCAUGGACCGGCAUGAUGGAGUCCCCAGCCACAGUUCUAGGCUCCAGCUGGGUUCGGUGUCCCAGGGACCCUACUCAAGCGCCCCUCCGUUGUCUCACACUCCGUCCUCGGAUUUCCAGCCACCCUAUUUCCCACCCCCCUACCAGCCGCUUCCCUAUCACCAGAGCCAGGACCCUUACUCCCACGUUAAUGACCCCUACUCCCUGAAUCCCUUGCAUCAACCCCAGCAGCAUCCUUGGGGGCAAAGGCAGAGGCAAGAAGUGGGGUCAGAAGCCGGCUCUCUCCUGCCACAGCCUCGGGCCGCCUUGCCUCAGCUAUCGGGACUGGACCCUAGGAAGAGACUAACCACUCAGUCCAGCGGCCUGAUGUGCUGUUACACUCGGCCCAUCACGGUUAUUGGACUCCGGCAUGGGGGACAGGUCUCUCCUUGCAUGGCAUCGGACCACCCAGGAAUGGAAGACGUCCAGUCAGUUGAAGAUGCCAAUAACAGCGGUAUGAAUCUAUUGGACCAGUCUGUCAUUAAAAAAGUUCCGGUUCCUCCUAAAUCUGUGACUUCUCUGAUGAUGAAUAAAGAUGGCUUCCUGGGAGGGAUGUCGGUUAAUACAGGAGAGGUGUUUUGUUCAGUUCCUGGUCGUUUGUCCCUGCUCAGUUCAACCUCAAAGUACAAAGUGACCGUGGGGGAAGUUCAAAGACGACUGUCCCCUCCUGAAUGCCUGAACGCUUCUCUCCUUGGUGGAGUCCUGAGAAGAGCCAAAUCGAAAAAUGGGGGGAGAUCUUUGCGAGAAAGGCUAGAAAAAAUCGGUUUGAAUUUACCCGCGGGCAGGCGCAAAGCCGCAAAUGUCACUUUACUCACCUCCCUGGUGGAAGGAGAAGCUGUUCAUUUAGCUCGGGAUUUUGGGUACAUUUGCGAAACUGAAUUUCCCGCCAAAGCUGUUUCGGAAUAUCUAAACCGGCAGCACACCGAUCCCAGUGAUCUGCACUCCCGAAAGAAUAUGCUCCUGGCUACAAAGCAACUGUGUAAAGAAUUUACAGACCUGCUCGCCCAGGACAGGACACCUAUUGGAAACAGUAGGCCCAGCCCCAUUUUGGAACCUGGGAUUCAGAGCUGCUUGACCCACUUCAGCCUCAUCACCCACGGCUUUGGGGCUCCAGCUAUCUGCGCUGCCCUCACAGCACUGCAGAACUACCUGACAGAGGCUCUCAAAGGCAUGGACAAGAUGUUUUUGAACAACAGCACCACUAACAGGCACACAUCUGGGGAAGGACCAGGUAGUAAAACUGGAGACAAGGAGGAAAAACACAGAAAAUGAAUUUUUUAAAAAAAAAAGGAAAAGGGAAAUCUUUUAAAUAAAAAGAGAAACAUUUUAAUUUUAGCUUUAAAAUAUUGGAUUGGCUUUGGAAGAAUUAUAUUAGAUAGAGCACACACACAAACAAAAGUUAACAAAAAAGAAAAGGAAAGAAAAAUAACUUUUUAAAAAUCAGAGGCGCACAACGGAGCAGCAAUACUGGUUUUCGGUGUCUAUUCAAGAUACACUUGGAGACAACCUCUCGGAUUUUCCGCAUCGGUUCUUUCGAUCUUAGUAAUGCUGAUAAUAAUAAAAAAAUCUGAUUUUUUUCUUUGGAAAAAUAAACAUAAGACAAAACAUGAGAAAACAGUAACUUAUUGGAAGAAAAUCGGAUAAACAUUGGUGGUGUCAGUGCUUUGAAAUCUGGUUGGCUGAGACGCACGAACUGUUUUAGACAAUUCUUUCCCUUUCUCCUCCCUUCGAACUUUCCCCUUCCCUCAGUUCCAAUCCAUUCUCUAGUUUUCUCUGUCCCUUCUUCCCUAUCUCCAUUAUGAAAAUCUCCUGGGAUGAAAUGAUUGUAUCUGGGAUUUAGGCAUUGUGUUUAAAACCUUUCAUUUUCAUUUGACGUUUCGUUUUUAAGUCACUGGUACCAUUUCCCCCUCCCAUAGCUUUGAUGAUUAGUGUUAGCAAGAGUAGGGAAGGUGGAGGUUGAUGGGGCGGGGAAGGGAAGGGUCGACCGUGCUAGAGGAGGUCUCUACGAUCUUUGGCAGGAGCUAGGGAAAGAGCCUGGGAAUCUGGAAAAUAAGGACCAUUAAGCUGUAUUAGUGAUCUGCUUCAGCUUCCUCAUUUCCUUAAAGAAGUGUUUCUAUUUCCCAGCAAUGCCAGCGUCUGCACAAGAACCUCUCAUUUGUUCUGAUAUGUGUGUGAGGUACUGGUUUUCAGAAUUGUAGUAAAACAAAACAAAACAAAACAAAAAUACGAAUAAGUUAAUUAGUAUGUAUUCCUUCGAAGGGGUAUGUACCAUUUCAUUCUCUUCUGUUUUCCAAAGCUGUGCCCGCAUGGUUUAUGAGCUUCUUCAAAGAGGACUUGGGCUUUCUACACAAUCUAUAAGGUACAGAGACAAGCAAAGUUCUGAUACUUUUUUAAUCAAAGCCGGUGUUUCAGGAUUCUGCAGGUGCACUUCUUUAAAGAAGCUCAAAGGGAAUAAUUUAGGAAGCACCCGAUAUAGAGGUGGAAACAGCUGUCAAAAUGGUUGUUGCUAACAGUGACCCGAGCCCUGGGAUUCUAUGUAUAGAGACCAAAUCAAGGGGGGGGGGGGGAGAGGAGGGUCUACAGGAAAUUGGGGAAAGGUGAGAAGGGGAGGGGAGCCCAGUAUUCUUGGCAUAAUCUUCCUUUUAGUAGAUUCCACUUCUCUAGAGGAAAUUGCUGAGAUGGUCUGGGAUUCUUGGGUUUUUUUGGGGGGGUUGUUUGUUUCCCCCACGAAAAGCAGUAAGAGGGGGGAAGCAGGCACUCGUGUCUCUGCAUUACUUGGCUAUAUUACAGGAUGCUUUAUGAAUGAGGGUCUUUUUUUUCCCAGGCAUGCACUUGUUUUGGCAUAUAGAUGGUAAAAUAAUGCAAAGUGAAAGGAGAUGCGUUUCAGCUUUGAUUUUUACCGUCUGGAUACAUUUUGACUAUUCCCAGUAGGUAGAGUUUUAUGCAUUUAAGAUCUCUCACUUAUGGCAAAACAACUACUUUCUCUGUCUUAUUUCGAGAAUUAUCUUGAAAUAAGAUAUAGAAUCCAGGCACACCCAAAAAGCAGAGUGAAGAAAAUGCCCCUGGGGGGUGUCUCAGAAUUCAGUGUAAACACACACUCGCACUUUCCUAAGCAAGGCCAAGGAGAACAUCCUCGUGCAAUUUUAUUAUUUUAUUAUGCACCACCCCCCUCCCUCCAUCUUCCUUCUCCACCUUCCAACAUUCCUCUAAGAUAAAAAUCCAGAUGUUAACGGCCUUGAGGUUUGGGCUUCUGAAUAAUUACAGUAGGUCGCAUGCACAUUAAUGUUGAGUUACUUCCUCAGACACCCUUGCGCUGCUCUCCUCCACUUCCCAUGCAGAAUCCCUCAGCUAGGUGCCUCUCAAGCAGCCAAAGCUGGCAUCUCCAUAGGAUGCAAAAUGAUUGGCAUUUUCAUUUCACGGGGGUGGCUGGCUUCAAGGACAUUUCCUCCUGGUUUUCCUCAGCCUUUCAGAACUAAACUUAAUGGGUUUUCUUUUUAAAAAAGAAAAAGAAAAACAGAGAUGCACUGGAGAUGUUCCACUCAGUAGGCCCAUGACGCUUGUAUCUUGAGGAGAAUGCCAAUGCUCUAGGAUGGGCGUUAUAAAGCAUAUGGAGCUCCAGCCUUAUUAUUCCAGGAGCUAAGAAGCAUCUUUGGUCAGAUAGCGACGGCAAGCUAAAGCAGAUGUGUUCUGAUUACUCUUAGCCCGGAUAAACUGCACUGAAAAACCAUCAUCUCCUUUCCUUGCAGGACAACCUGUCCCACGUGCGUGACGUGAGGGAAACGUAAUGGACACGCAUUGCACUUACUGUCCAGUACUGCCCUUUGAAAGCGUGUCUCCGAUUCUGGCCGGGUUCUGUUGAGGAAAUAGAAUCAGGUCGAGCUCGGCCUCCCCACUCUCAGACUCACCCCAAGGGCUAAACCGGACUGAAAAUCCAAAUCUCUCUCAACUAGGUAACAGCCCGAAAAAACAUUACAGGUUAUCAGAGGGAGUACAGCUCCUGGGUCCUUUUGAGUCCCGUAUGGACAAGAUGUCCACCUUAGGAGCAUCCUCCGUAGGGUCUAAUUUGGAUAUAUUGAGGGAGGGGUAGAUCAUGUGGUCUCGUUUCCCCUCAACUCUCUCCGCUCCCCCAAACAAAAACAAAAAGAGAUCAGUGAGCUUUUAUGUCAAAGCGGAUAUUUAAAAGCCCACUCGAUGGUCUAUUGCUGUCAUAUUUGUGUGUCCCCUACCUCCAAUCAUUCCUUUGACCUCUGACAAGCUCCAGAAGGCUUCUUCCAUCCACCCCUAUUCAGGGGAACCCAGAUGUCCAUCCCCCUCCAUCCCCACCCCUUUUACUUAGACACACUUCUUGCUGGCCAGGCAGCUCCGACGUUUAUCUGAUAAUUGAGUUAUUAGAAGAUUUGGUUUCCGUGGACCCAUAAAUCAAUAAACAAUAGGAUUAACGCUAAAGUUUGACUUUUAACUCAGGGGAAAAGUUUAAGGCAAGCCCCUUUUAACCUUGUUUUCAAACCAAACAGGUGGGUUCACGGAGAGGUUUUUUUCCCCUUUCUUCUCCUUUCUGUUUUUUAAACACAAUCACUCAGCAUGGGCACCUCCUACAAUUAUUUCCUAUGGUUUUCUCGCUUUUCCCUCCCCCCAAGUUAGAAACUUAACCUAAAUUAGAAGAAGACUAGGGGCAUCAAAGUGAAAAAACUCGCCUCGGAAAGUUCUUUGGGACUAUAGUUAGUAUUCUUGGGCUCUAGCCAAUAAUGCGACAAGUCUUUAUGGAGGACCUACUAUGGAUGUACCAGGCACUAUGCGGGCGCCCCUGAUCAAUGACUUCAACCCCAGAUUGCUACUUUUAAAAAGCAUCCUUCUUCUAAGCCUCCUAACCUUUUCCUUCUACUGUAUCCUUUCCUCCCUCUUCGGCGCCACCCCACUCGCCACCUUCCAGUUCACCACCUCUGCCCUAGAAAACCCCUCUUUUCCUUUCUGGUCUCCAACUCCCCAAUUUCCUUAUAUCCACAGAAAGAACCUAUGCAGGAUUUUUGGACACCUUGUUUUAUUUAUUUUUCUUAAGAAACAGAUUUAUCUCCACCAGUUAGGUCACAUACUCUACAGUCUUGGUGGAAUGAGAAAGGAAAGUCUGAAUUUACCUAGGUACGGUUGACUCCCUUAUAGAAGUCUCAGAAAAAAGGGCAGUGCGUUCUUAACCAUAAUUUUUUGGUGAAUUUCAUCACAUCAGAUACUUUGUAAAUUUCAAUGUAUUAUGUGAAAAGAAAAUAUACUAAAACAAAAUCUGAUGUUCCUCCAUAGCCUAAAUAACGUUUUCCCUCGUGUGCCAAUGUAUGCUAAACUAUCUGAAAAUAAAAAGACAGACAAAAAUAAUAAAAUUCUUUUUUAAAAGGGUGAAAUGAAUACCAUCCGUCUUUAUAUGCCAAAAUAUACUCCUUUCUUGGAUUUGUCUUAUUCACUAAGAAUCUGACCACACUCGAGAAAUAUCAGUUUACUGAAUCUUCAUGAGAAGAAACCUGGAAGGGUAACGAUGUUAAGUUUGUAUAUAUUUAUUUAUGCUUAAUUUAAUGGGAAUGUGUAAAUAUGGCGAGCAAGUAGUUUGGGAUUAUUUAUCUGUGAAUCUAUACCUCUGUGAAUGGGUGGAAAAAACCGCUUGACUCUAGAUAGUAUCCUAUCUGAAUUUUUCUGUUCUUUAUAGACAAGCUGUUACGGUAAUGGGUAGAAAUUGGUUUAUUGUCCAGUGUUGAUCUGAUUUACAUAAAUAAAAAAAGAUUGUUGUGUUUUGGUUGUGUUUUUAUCUUCAGUUUCUUGAAUGUGGGUACUGCUUCGUUCUGCAGACAGAUAAAGUAUAGCUAAGAAGUUUUUUGCUGUUUCUUUUCCCUCCCAUAGUAUGGGGAUUGGAAAACACAGGAAAUGUUUUCGUUACAAAUACAAUAAAUAUUGCUUCUCGGAAAUACUGGCACUUUUUUGUCUG